AACGGGUCCAAUUCGUAGGAAGGUUUCAAACACAAUCUUACUUAUCUGUCUUUUCUUUAAAAAAAUCUCUCCAUUAUAAAUCUGCAUUGGACGACCCUUUAAACAAAAUCAUCAACUCAUCCAAACAAAAGAAGAAAAGAUUUUGUUUUUUUUUCUUUCUAAGAAGAUUGUUUGUAAUUUUCAUGAUAGAAGAAUGGCAUCAAACGAAGCUGGAAGGCCAUUGCCGAAAUUUGGAGAAUGGGAUGUGAAUGAUCCGGCGACGGCUGAUGGAUUCACGGUGAUAUUUAGCAAAGCCGGUGAAGAUAAAAAGACAGGACGGAGUUCGACGAAGACGAAUUCACAGAGGAAACAAGAUAAUGAUAAACCAACGGUCAAGAAAUGGCUCUGUUUCACUUUUGCUUGAUUUGUUUGGUUUUUGUUUGUAAGAGAACUUAGCUUUGAGCCUUAUUGAGAGCCCUUUGACAACUUUUGUGUUAGAACUUUUGUCAUUUUGUUUCGUAGUAAUCUAAUAAACAAAUGAUAAGGUUUUGUUUCCUAA